UCUGAAGCUUACCGUUUACUGUUACGAGAUUUUGUUGUAAUAAUGAGCAGUGGUCAACUCUGUCGAGGGCAAGACUGCACAAAUCCCUCAAAGCUACAGUGUCCUACCUGCUUGAAAUUAAACAUUAUUAGUUCUUACUUUUGUUCACAAGAAUGUUUCAAAAAGAAUUGGUCCACGCAUAAACUUCUUCACAAAACAAAUACACCUACUACGGGGAUUGAGACAUAUAUUCCAAAUUUCCCGUAUACUGGUUCAUUGCGUGCUGUCUAUCCUUUAUCACCUCGAAGGUCA